AUGCAACUCAAGAUCUGCCUCGCACUACUACUGGCUCUUCUCGCCAGUGCCUCUGCUGGACGACACCAUCAUCAUGAAAAGCAACAGAUGCUACAAGGGUUCAUGGACGAGCUUCCCACGACGGGUCAAGAAUGGGUGACCUUGGAAGAUGGAACCGAGUUUCUGCCGGCCGACGGUUUUGACAUGGGCAUGCUAGAGGAAACGGCGCAACAUCAUCAACGCCGUUUGAAGCAGCGAUCGAUUGUGGGAUACAGGACCCAAUAUGACAACCAGUUUGCCGAUGGUGCUGGAACCUACUAUAAUGAUUUUGCGCAAGCAUGGCGCCUUUUGGGGUUUUAUAUCGACUGUAAUGCUCCGUUUAACAAUGUUAAUGAAUGCUAUGGAGAUGGACAGGAUGGAGGUGACAGCGAUGAAGAAAACGGUGGUGAAGCAUCUUGUCAACGAUUCCUCCUAUGGGCUGGUUACGUUGAUCAUGGCUAUUCUGGAGGUGGAAUUGGAGAGUAUCAAUUCUACGAUCGCAAAGCACAGCAUUGGCAUGCCGAUUCCUGUCACAACAAGACAGGCCGCUGCGCCAGAAUGGAUUGUCAUCUAAAGGACACUCACUUUGAACUACUGGGAUUCUUCAAGGAGCCAAACUACCAUGAAUGGAUGGAACAGCUCUUCAAGCAUCAAGGAGUGUGCCUCUGGACAGACAAUGAGUACUCCUUUAUGGACACGGAUCGGUAUCUCUGGCCGUGCAGCUGUUCGUCCAUUGGCCAAACCGAUGAGGAAGGAAACGCCUUGUAUUACGACACCAAGCCCAUGCCAGAGGGACGCAUCGGUCUGGGCUUGUACACGGACAGUCGCUGCAAGCACGAUUACACGGGUGAAAAGGACAUUCUGCAGGUGCUACAAAGUGCUGGAGAUUACGAAUCCGCCUCGGCCUUGCAAAAGGGCCUGGAAGACUGGAAUGAUGCCUUUGAUGUCUUUAAAGUGUGCCAACCCUGCAAGGCUUACAACUUGGGUUACAACAAGGGAUCCCAAUCGGCCAAGACCGAUGGGUCGUUUGACUGCUACGACGACGCUGACUAUGUCAAUGUCAACCAAUGCAUGAAAUUCAAAACCAAGACCGAGAUGAUUGCUGCUGACUUUCGAGAUUUGAUGCUGGCUCAUGAGCAAGGAAACAUUGUGCAGUUUGAAGUCAUGGGCAAGACAUAUGGUUACGGCGGAUACCGUACGUCUCAUGGGACCCUGAUUCACCAAAAGCUGGGUGAAGUGGGCAUUCCAACGUCAACGUUGGUGUUCUUUGUCCUUUCUUUCAUACUCUUUGCUUUUUCGAUAAUAGCUUAUCACAAAGCGGACGAAAAACGUCAAAGCGUCACCGCGAAACUCAAUGAUCCACUCAUGUAA